CGAUUUUCGAACAAGCGAAUAUCCCCACGAUGCAAGCUAUAGCCGCAUUGUUAUGUGCAGUCUUUGUCACGAACGCUAAAGGAGAUUGCAGUAUUGGGGACAAUUGGACUGCCGACGGUGACUGGUACGCGCCAGACCCCCAGCACGGAUUCUUCUUCUACAAAUCAGUAGGCACAGGCACUGUUACAUCCAUUAGGGCUCGUGGACUCUGUCCCAGUCCCCCUGAAAACGCAACUGUCAUAAUGCAAAUUCUCAACUCUACAAAACUUUAUGAAGGCGGAAUUAAACCUGCUUAUAUGGCAUACUUAACUUGACAGCCGAGUGCAAUUACUCUUCUCCUAUAAAAGGAUCUGAUUAUUAUGAGGGAUAUGCAAGACAUGAUGAUAUUAGUAUCAGAGUGCCGGAUGGGGGCUAUCUGGGUGUGAAAAUCAGCCCUAAUUGCUCUGAAGGAGUCUGCUUCUUUCAGCCAGCGGCUAUAAAUGGAAGUAAAGAUCUUUUAUUUGUUUUACCAAAGAGUCGAGAAGCUCACGCUCUCUAAAAGUGUCUCCUCUUUUCCAUCACCUUUAUUCCUGAUGAUGAGACGGAGGCUGAUAAUAGAGCUAGGGUUGCAGUAGCCACAGUGAUAAUCGUUCUUUUGUUCUUGGUGUUGUGUUCAGUGGUGGUGGCUAUCCUCGUCAAGCGGAGGAUGGUCAAGUCGAGGAAACUUCCUGCUAACCUGAAAAUAUACUCCUGUCCUCCUUACUUUGGACACACUUUAUCUGCUAAAGCCAACGACGACAGUACAUCACAUUCCUAUGACUAUGCUCAAAAUUUUGAGGCCGACCAAAGUGUGAUGAUUAAUUAAUUUUAGGUGGGCUUUGCAAUGAUGAACCAUUCUGGGAGCCAGCCAGUGUAGAGGAUGAGCUCAAGAAACAACUGGAAGGAUUGACUAUCUCGCUUGAUGGUCUCUUACUUUCCAGUGAGCUGGGUAGUGGUGAGUUUGGUGUGGUGAGGAGGGGAGUGUGGAGUGUGGGGGGAGAGGAGAGGGAGGUGGCUGUCAAGUCACUGGCAGAUGGCUCCACAGAGGAGAAACGCAUUCAGUUCCUGCAGGAGGCAGCCAUCAUGGGCCAAUUCAAACAUCCCAAUAUCAUCACUCUCCAUGGGGUUCUUCUGGAAAGAAAACAAGUGAUGAUUGUGGUUGAGCUGAUGAAGAGUGGUAACCUUCUGCAUCACCUUUGCUCCUUUAAAUCUGGGGCUCCACACACUGCUGCACUAGUGCUGAGUUUCUGUCGUCAGAUUGCCUCAGGAAUGGCCUACUUGUCUGGGAAGGGGUUCAUACACAGAGACCUGGCUGCCAGGAACAUACUGGUCUCUCAUGAGGAAAUGUGGAAGAUUGCUGAUUUUGGCAUGUCCCGAGUUCUGCAAGACACUGACUACUAUGUCUCUCGUGGAGGGAAAAUCCCUGUGAAAUGGACAGCUCCAGAGGCUCUCCACUACAAGAAGUACUCGACUGCCAGUGACAUGUGGAGCUUUGGAGUUGUCCUCUAUGAGAUAUGGACACUA